CUAAUCUUCUCAUAAGCCUAAGGUUGUUAGUUUGAGACUUGAGUUGUCGUCCGAUGAGUGAUGACGGAUCCUUCGUCGGAUUAUCAAUAAUUUAAGGUUUUUUUUUUCGUCAAAAUUAAAGAGGCCCAGACAAAAACUCCAGACAUCAUUCAUUCAUCAAAUCAAAGUAACAAGACGAUCUGACAGACGCAUGAUCGUGUGCUUACCAGAAAAGACCACUCCAAAUUCGCCAGCUGUGCAGAGCGAAGAAUAUCUCGACGCAAACACAGCGCAGACGAUAGUUUCCCUCUAUCUAUCCUUACCUUAGCCUACGCCACGUCACCUCAUCGGAUGCUGCUAACUUACGCCUUCCCCUCCUUCCAUUCCAACUAAUUAUAAGUAUAUCUUUCUCUUCCCUGGUCUUGUGCUCUCCUAAAUCUCACCAAGUUAUGAUUUUCGGUUAGUUUUACUGUAAUUGCUGAAUGAACAAUCAUGGCAGCAGUGAUUAGGAUGCACCCCAUGUUGCUUCAACUCACUCUUACUUCUUUCGUCUUCUUGAGCUGUUUGAGGAACGGGAAUGCGGGGAUCACAAGCACUUUCAUCCGAUCCGAGUAUCCAUCCGUUGAUAUCCCUCUUGAUAAUAAAGUAUUUGCUGUUCCAAAGGGUCAUAAUGCUCCACAACAAGUGCAUAUCACCCAAGGUGACUAUGAUGGAAAGGCUGUUAUCAUCUCCUGGGUUACCCCUGAUGAACCAGGGACGAGUAAAGUGCAAUAUGGUACAUCAGAGAACGGAUACAAGUUUUCUGCAGAGGGGAUUGUGACGAACUACACAUUCUACAAAUACAAGUCUGGCUACAUCCAUCACUGCCUUGUUGAUGGCCUAGAGCAUGACACGAAGUAUUAUUACAAGAUUGGGAGUGGCGAUUCUUCUCGAGAAUUUUGGUUUACAACUCCUCCAAAGAUUGACCCAAAUUCUCGUUACACAUUUGGGAUCAUAGGUGAUUUGGGUCAGACAUUUAACUCUCUAUCAACUCUUGAGCAUUACAUGCAGAGUAAGGGACAGGCUGUUUUAUUCCUUGGAGAUCUUUCCUAUGCUGACAGAUAUCAGUAUAAUGAAGUGGGUUUACGGUGGGACACAUGGGGUCGAUUCGUUGAGCAAAGUACUGCAUAUCAGCCAUGGAUUUGGUCUGCUGGCAAUCAUGAAAUUGAGUUCAUGCCUUAUCUGGGAGAAGUUACUCCUUUCAAAUCCUAUCUUCAGCGGUAUGCUACUCCUUAUUUGGCCUCCAAAAGUAGCAAUCCUCUUUGGUAUGCCAUCAGACGUGCAUCGGCUCAUAUAAUCGUACUGUCCAGUUAUUCUCCAUUUGUGAAAUACACACCUCAAUGGAGGUGGCUAGAAGAAGAAUUGAAAAGGGUUGACAGGGAAAAAACACCUUGGCUCAUAGUCCUUAUGCAUGUUCCAAUCUACAAUAGUAAUGACGCACAUUACAUGGAAGGUGAAAGCAUGCGAGUAGUGUUUGAGAGUUGGUUCGUUCAUUACAAAGUUGAUAUAAUCUUUGCUGGCCAUGUCCAUGCAUAUGAGAGAUCGUAUAGAAUCUCAAAUAUACACUACAACAUAACAAGUGGUGACCAGAACCCCAUACCAGACAAAUCAGCUCCUGUAUACAUAACUGUUGGAGAUGGAGGGAACCAAGAAGGACUUGCUGGAAGGUUUAGAGAUCCACAACCAGAUUAUUCUGCGUUCCGAGAAGCCGCCUAUGGACAUUCUACGCUUGAGGUUAUAAACAGGACACAUGCACUCUACCACUGGAACCGCAAUGAUGAUGGGAAGAAAAUUGCAACUGACGCAUUUGUAUUACACAAUCAGUACUGGGGUAUGAAUCAUAGGAGGCGAAAACUGAAGAAGCAUUAUGUUAGGAAAAGUUUGGAGCAGAUCGCAAUUUAUUGAUAAGCAGUUUGUUGGAAUAUUGGAUUGGCUUGUCUGGAGACGCAUAUAAAUAAGUAAUGUGAUCCUUAUUUUGUUGGUUGCUUGCUUGUUCGUUCAUGAUAUUGGAUGGAGCUGCCACUAGUUCGGGCGCAAUACUUUCAAAGGAAAAUCCUACGGCUAUUGAUUUUUUGUAAAAUUUCAUUUA